UAUACGGGUCAAAAUUUCAUUGCGAGUGGGAUGUUCAGUUCGGAUUCGCUGCAUCUCUGCUAUUAUCACAAAAGUGGUGGUAAUGUCUCGUACGGUGUUGAAUUUGAAAGUUCUGCCCGAACCGGUGAAGCAGUUGCUACAAUUGGUUACCAGGCGGAGUUACCGGAUGAUGGAGUAGUGAUGAGGGCAUCGGCAAAUACCGAUUGGUCAGUGGGAGGUGUGUUUGAGAAGAAACUUUCGAGAAAUUUGCCAUUUACAUUGGCAAUAUCCGGAAUGCUUAAUCAUGUGAAAGGUCAGGGAAAAUUCGGUAUCGGCCUGAUCAUUGGUUGA